GCUGAUUCGGAGGAGGAUGUGGAAGAGCAUCCGCAAGAGCAAAGCUUCUCAGCAAAGAUGCCUCCAAAUGGGAAGGCCUUACAUUUUCACCCAUCAGUUCUGCAUUUUGGAAUGCAGUUGCUGGGGUUACCCAGAGCUAAAAUGCUGCAUGCCUACAACCCUAGUAGGGAUAGAGAUGUUGUAGUCAAUUCAGUGUUUACAGCUACUAGACAGUUUCAUGUGUCUCCUGCUCAUAGCCGGGUGAUUCCAGCGAUGGGAAAGAUGUCUUUCAGAGUACUCUUCCUGCCCACAGAAGAAGGCAGUAUUGAAAGCUCAUUAUUUAUAAAUACCUCAUCUCAUGGAGUACUUUCAUAUCAGGUUUUUGGAACAGGAACUCCGAUGUCUUCUCCAGAAGAACCUAAAGUGCAGCUAGCAAAUGCCUACUUACUGCUUCCACACAUUCAGAGCAUCCAGGCAUCACACACACUGACAGAAACAAUGAAUGCCAGUCUAUUACGGGUUCACCUUGAAUGCAGUUUACCUAAUGACACAUAUCAGCUAGUUAAGAGUUGCUGUUUUAUGUCUGAUGACCCAAUGCUGCUAGAAAUGAGCUUAACAGUAAGAGUGGAAAAUGCCCAGGAAGAUUUUGUGGAACACAGACAAUACUUACUGGAUAAUCUUUUUAUAGUUUAUGUAGCAAUGGAAAGAACAAAGACCUCAGGUCCUUCAUCAGUAGAUGUGUAUAUCAUGCAUUCUGGAAGCAGCCUUGUGCAUAUACAGGAAAUACAGCAGUUGUCACAAAAGGACACAUCAGCUGUGGAGUUUGAGCCAGUAUUGUUAUCCUCAUCAUCUACUAACUUCACAAAAGUUGCUUCUAUUUCUUGUAAAGCUGCAUCCUGUGACAGUGAAAGUCUUUAUUCUGACAACAACAAGAACAAUCUUUCGAAAGGCACUACAACACUCAAAGCCUGUCUUUUCUGUCCUGUGAUGGAAGGGUAUUUUGAUGUAGAUCCUUCUGCAGCACUGUUUCAUAUAGAACCACAUCAUAAUACUUCAGGGUAUUGGUCCAUAUGGUUUACAAAUAAUUUUUACUUCAGCAUUGAAUUGAACGAGGUCUUCAUAGCCAGAGAAACAAAGAACGUAGUAAAGAUCCUGAACUUCGCUGAACCUCUGACACUACCUCCAGGCUGCUGGAAUGUAUUUUCUUUGAAGCUCAGUGUGAAAGACACUGUAACGAAUGUGCUCUCUAGUAUUUGUUUGUCCACAAAUGUAGGAGUUAUGUUUGAAAUACCUCUGCAGAUAUAUUCGACUGUGUCCAAGCAAGGAGACCUUAAUUUUGAAGCAAUUGCCCACUGUGAUAUCCAGUGCUACUUGGGAAAGUCUGAUUCAGCAAAUCUGCUUUGGCAGAAGAGUCUCUCUCUGGACCGUUCUGCCUGGGAUGUGGAUUCUGAGCUUGCAAGUGACCUUUAUGAAAGAUGGCAAAAAAUCAGACGUGGGGAAGCAUGCAGCAGGAAAAGUAUUUUAGGAUCAGCUCGCUUUACUCAGCAGAAGAACUCUGAAGAGGAAUCCUUUGCCUUUUACUUGCCACGAUUGACUGCAGAGCCCAGCCUUACACUCAACUUUAAUGCCACAGCUGUUAAAAGUAGUAUGGUAAAAUAUUUCGUACUAAGAAACCCUUCAUCCUUCCCAGUUACGUUGCAGCUUCUGCCUCUUUCUUACUACCCUGAUCCCAAAGCUUCACUGAGUCUGCUGAACAAAUGGUAAUAACUAUCUCAGGAUACUGUUUUCCCUUUUAAAAGGUCUUAUUUGCUAUGCCUUAUGAUUGUUACUUACUGGGUUUUAUUUAGUUUUUCAAACUGUAACUUAGGUGGGGAUUAUGUUCUGACCCAUUUUGGAAGAUACAGCCGUGUUUGGGGCAGCUCCCUGUAUGGUGCAUGCCUUUGUAAUGUACCUCAUAACAUGGAUGAAUGUCCUCAUGGGAAUGCACAUCAAGAGGACCUCAUCAGCAAAAAAUGCAGUUCUGAGAUGCUUUGGUUAAGUUUACAGCCACUGGAAACCAGGAAAGUUGGUGUAAUUUUUACACCUCUUGACUACAAAAGAGUAGCUUCCCUUAUUUUAAUCAGAAACAACUUAACCGUUCUGGAUGUGGUCAAUGUAGAAGGCUUUGGAGCCAAGGAAUUGCUUAAAGUAGGGGGAAGACUGCCUGGUGCCGGAGGAUCCCUUCGAUUUAAGGUGCCAGAAGCUACACUAAUGGACUGCAGACGACAACGGAAAGACAGCAAACAAAUUCUAUCCAUUACGAAGAACUUCAAAGUAGAGAAUAUUGGGCCUCUUCCUAUAACAAUUUCAUCAAUGAAAAUCAAUGGUUACAGUUGCCAAGGAUAUGGAUUUGAAGUGUUAGACUGUCAAGAAUUUUUCCUGGCUCAGAACUCAUCACGAGAAAUCAGCAUUGUAUUCACCCCUGACUUUACAUCUUCAUGGGUAAUUCGUGAGCUCACACUGGUGACUGCUGCUGAUUUGGAGUUCCACUUCACGCUCAAUGUGACUCUCCCUCACCAUCUGUUGCCUCUGUGUGCAGAUGUGGUGCCAGGACCCAGCUGGGAAGAGUCUUUCUGGAGGCUCACUGUCCUCUUCGUAAGUUUGUCCCUGCUUGGAGUGAUUCUGAUAGCCUUCCAGCAAGCCCAGUAUAUUCUAGCAGAGUUCAUGAAAUCAAGACAGAGGCCCAAUCCUAGUGCUUCAGUGCCACAGCAGAACAGCAGCUCUGUUGACGUAAUCAGCUCUGAUUCCUACAAGGGAAGCUGCAAGACAUUUAUGGAUUCCUAUAGUUCCUCAGAUAAAGGUAAAGGGAAGGGCUUCCUAUCUGUAGGCACUUCUUCCAGCCGAAGUCAGAGUGCGGCCAAGAGAAGUCCUGCGACCUACAGCCACUCUCAGAAGAAACACAAAUGUUCAGUUUACUACAGUAAGCAGAAGCCAAACACAGCAGCUGGCAGUGCCAUUGCAGCUGCUGAUGAGAAGCAGAAUCAGAUUGCAGAGAACCAAAUCUCAGCACCAAAAGAGGACAUUUGCACUGAUGUUGUCAGUGAGAACUGGGUAACUCUGAAAUAUGCAAAUGGCAUAAACGUUAACAAGAAUUUAACUCUUCCAGAAGACUUUCUGGGUAAAGAAGAAAGUACACUGAAAAAUACAGUUCUCAUUAAAAAUACUUCUUCAGAGUGUGAUCUGAAGGAAGAUCUUCAAACAUGUAUGUUUCCUAAGGAAACUAACCUUAAAACUUCAGAAAAUCUAGCUGAGCUCAAAGAACAGGAGUUCUGUUCUGUGAAGAUGUCCAAGAAGAUACCUGAAAGUCACUUGUCCAGAAAUUCACCUCAACAACAGUCGGAACUGCAAGAAAUUUCUAGGAAAAUUAGUGGGAACAGCCAGCAAGUGCCUCUCAGGAAUGAAACAGAAAAUUGUGAGACUUUAAAAAAGCAGAUCAACCUUAAGCCUUCCACAGAGAAAAAGAUUAAUAAGGGACCUAAGGAAGAGACUCCAUGCUGUGCAAAAGAGGAGAUUACUUCUUCUGAGCAAGAAGAUGCAUAUAGGAAGAAGAAACCUCAGGAGAAAAAGGAGGGAAAUGUACCAAAUAUGAAUUGGAAUAGAAAUAGAACAUCCAGGAAAAAUAAGAAGAAGAAUGUAAAUAUAUCUACAAGGGUCCCUGAGCAGAGUGAGUUGAAGCAUAUGUGCAGUGAAUUUGAGAGGCCGGAUCUGAGAACGAAUAUUGGAAUAAGAGCUUGGUGUCCUCAGAGUAACGGGGAAAAUUGUAAAGCAGACCAAAAAGCUGGGAGCUUGUCCAUACAGGGAGAAACAGAAAACUUUUAUCAGCGGUCCAAAAAGAAGUGUUUGGAGAAGUUUUGUUCUGAUUCAAGCUCAGAUUGUGGAAGUUCGUCAGGAAGUGUUCGUGCAAGUCGUGGGAGCUGGGGUAGCUGGAGCAGUACCAGCAGUUCAGACGGAGAUAAAAAGCCAAUGAUUACUACCAGGCAUUUUCUUCCAUCCAGAGAGAAUAUUUCACAAAAUGAUUUUCCAUCUGAAACUCCUAUCACUCUAAAUCUGUCUCAUAACAUCUGCAAUACCAGCAGAGACAUGAACAGCAUCCCCCAAUAUCCUGAAACCUUAUGUCCCAAUUUCACUGACAUAGCUGCAGAUCCUGACAAAAAUAAAGGUCUUUACCCAACAGGAGACCACAUUUACAGCUUCAUUGACUGGAAUGCAGCUUGUGACAGCCAGUUUUCCAACAUGUAUUGUCCACUAGAGAUGAAUGAAUAUGGUGCUUUCCCAGAAGAAAACAUGAACUACCCCAGUGGCUUCCCAGGUACUGCAGCAGUGCAGAAUACAGCCUUCAUUGACCAGAACUGUCCCUCCACCUGGAAUGCUCCUCCCAACAUGCCACCUGCCUGGGAGCCUGCCAACUAUGUCAACUCCACACCCUACCUCUCAAGCACCCGAAGCUUGUCUCCAAUGUCUGGACUUUUUGGUUCCAUCUGGGCACCUCAGAGUGAUGUUUAUGAAAGCUGCUGCCCCGUCAGUGCCACGACUCAGCAUUCAACCCAUGUGGAGAACCAGGCAGUUAUGUGUAAGCAGGAAUAUUAUCCGAGGUUUAACCCUUUCCGUGCCUACAUGAACUUGGACAUAUGGACUACAGCAGCCAAUCGAAAUGCAAAUUUCCCACUUUCGAGGGACUCGGGUUAUUGUGGAAACGUGUGAAAGGAAUUUGAUUUAAAAAUGUGAAUAAAGAUGCUUGCAAUUUUGAUUACUAGAGUAAGCUGGUUGCUGAAUAGAUUACAAUGUUGGUGAAUAUUUUGGCACUUUUAUAUUGAAAAUAAAUUUUUUUUACUGAA